AUGCGAGAAGCUGAAGCAGUUGGCGAACACAGCAAUCAUUCCAGAAUUUCCUCCGAUCCAGCUCCAAAAACAAGUGAAAUCAACCUUGAUGAGGUCUUUUGCGUUAACAAAGGAAGAAGUAGUAAAUCAAAGGAGUGUGGCUGCAAUGCUUGUAAUCUUACAAAACUUAGUGACGAGGAGAGAGCAAAAUUAACUAAGGCUCAGCCAUUACCGAUAAGGAGACAGCGCACAGAAGAAAGAACUCCCAAACGCUCGUUCUCGUCAAAUUGCACUCCAGCUGUAGAUAUCUCAUUAGAAGAUGUAUUUAACCCUCGAAGGACAUCGCCGAUACGUAUAGUCAGGAUGAGCACUGAGGAGGAGCCCAUUUUCCCAUUAUCGAAAUCUGCAGAACCUGCCAAGGUGCCUGUGAGAGAUGCUGGAAGUCCCAAACCUUUCCGGCAUAGUAUAUUGACGAAAGAAGCUCGCUCUGCUUCCGUACCCAUACAGCAGAUAUCUUUAGACUGGGUAGCAGCAUUGGUAGGAGAACCUGCCAAGGUACCUGUGAGAGAUGCCGGAAGUCCCAAACCUUUCCGACACAGUAUAUUGACAAAAGAAGUUCGCUCUGCUUCCGUACCCAUACAGCAGAUAUCUCUGGAUUGGGUAGCAGCUUUGGUAGGAGGUGAAAGUGGGCCAAAUCAAGCCGAAAAAGCUGAGAGUCAUAGUCCUGAGAGGAUUUCCAAUAAUUUGAAACAUAAUCAUUUGGAGCACCGUACUAACAGCGACUCUACCAUUACCAAACUAAGGUCAUCAACAACUAAAGAACUACAGUCUAAUGGACACAAGGAUGGUGGCAUGAAUGGUUGGCUAAACUCUUUGGUAAACUCAAAACAACCCGAAGAACAACCUACAGUACUCAAGGAGCAACCCAAAGAGCUCAAGGAUGAAAAAAUCCAGCAGAAAGCAAGCAGAGAACUUGGCAAAAUUGAAAAUCAUACAGUAUCAUCUGCUCCCGAGCUAACCGAUGACCUAAUCUACAAAGUGUUCAAUCGCGUAGCCGACUCUAAAUUCAAAGAUGCCAAGAAAUGCAAAUGUGCUGCUUGUGAAACCGAAACCUCCUCCACUCCCAUACCAGCAGAACGAAAACGUCGUUUUGCGAAGAAAGAAGAGGUCUCUAUUUGA